AUGGAAGCCGAUUUUGUAAAAAGCGUUGCAAAUAUCAUAGAAAAACCCUCGGUAAAACCCGAGGUAAAACCUUUAUCAGUAACAUCUGCAACUUUAGUAGCAGAACGUUGUGAGUCUUUUUUGAAAAAAAUUGCAUCAUAUAAUAAAACUGAAAUAGAACGCAACACAAGGCAACAAUAUAAAUCGCAAGCGUGGAAUGAGGAAAGAAAAAUCAUAAUAACUGCUUCUAAUUUUGGUAAAGUUUGCAAAGCUAAAAAUUACAAUUCACUCCAAAAUAUUGCCAAGGCUAUUAAGGAAUCUAAAAACGUGAACACCCCCGAAACGAACUAUGGUUUGAAUAUGGAGAGCAAAGCUCGAGAAAUAUACAGCAAAACAAAAAACGUGUCUGUGACCACAGUAGGUUUAAUUAUCCACAAAGAAUAUGCGUUCAUCGCUGCAUCCCCAGAUGGAUUUGUUGGCGCCGAUGGAAUAAUUGAAAUUAAAUGUCCUUACAAGGCGAAAGAUUGCGAUCCCCACUCUUUCGAUUUCAUUUUUUUAAAUAAAGAAAAUACCAGUAUUAAUCAAAACCAUCAGUAUUAUUAUCAAAUUCAAGCUGAGUACUACAAAUGUAAGAGGCAUAAUGCCAUCAGUGGGAAUCAGCCUUACAAAUUCGAAUACUUUGAAGAACUCGAUGCAAUAUUAGGCUCCAGGCCACAAGCAGAAAGCCUUGGUGAUACACCAGCAAUUGGAUUUGAGAGUUUAGCAGAAAGCGAGCCAGAAAUCAAUAAUGAAAAUGUGCCCCCAAUGGAUAUCUCGGAGAUUGAAAUAGUGAUGGAAGAUUUUGAUGACCAGCCAGAUAUUGAUGGGGCAAUUCCAGGUUGUUCGAAUGAACCUGGAAUCAAAAGAUUGGUCAUACCAACUCUUCCAUCAUGCAAAGCUUCAACUACCGCUGUUUCUUCCACUCCCUCUGCUUCUUCCACUCCCUCUGCUACUACUACUCCCACUGCUGCUCCCAAAGUCCAAUUUAAUACUGCUGGUAAGGGGAAAGGGAAGAAGAAAAAGACGACUGAAAAAGCAGACGAUGGUUUAAGUCUUCUGCAAACCAUGCUGGAAGAGAAUCGGAAAGAAGCAGCGAAUGACAGGGAGUUUAUGCGGGAGAUGAUGAGAAGCAGUGAUGCAACAUUGAAAGAGUGCACCUCGAUGUUGAUGAGUGACGAAGGAGGCGAGAAUGAAAGCAUGGAAAAAUCCGAGGAAAGGUCUAAAGUUCAAGAAGAAUUAGAAGAGAACAAUGAACAAAAUCUACCCGAGGAUGAAUUGGGUACAAAAAAAUCCAACGGGGACGUUCGCAAAGGAAACAAGAAAAAGGACUUCUGCUUUUUUUGUGAAUGCUAUGUUUUGAACUUUGCACGACAUAUUAAAAGAAACCAUAAAAGUGAAAUAGAGGUGCAAAAGAUAUCGUCUCUUCCUUCAGGGUCUUGUGAGAGAAAACAUCUGCUUAGCAUUCUUCGAAAGAAAGGAAACUUUUUGAUGAGCAGCAACGUAAAAAAAUCAGUUAAAACUGGUAAUGCAGAUGUUUUGCCAUGCUCUAACUGUAGGGGUUUUUACUCACGCAAACAACUGUGGAGGCAUAGGAAAGCUUGCGUUGGUGCUAAAGGCGCCCAUCAAGCUGAUGGACAAAAUUUUUUACUAAAACAUAUUAAUCAUGAUGUCGACAAACAACUAGUUGAGACAGUUUUUCCUCGCAUGAGGCCUGAUGAAAUAUCCCUUACUGCCAAGAAGGAUAUUUUGAUUUGUGCCUAUGGUACGAGAUAUUUAAAGACUCAUCGAGAAAAACAUUUUAUCAAUGUAACUUCAAGAAAGAUGCGAGAGCUUGCCAGACUUUUAAUAGAAAUAAAAAAAAAAGACUCGAAUAUAAAAAACUUGUUUGAUGCUCUCAAACCACAACAUUUUGAUUUACUCGUAGCAGCAACUAAAAAUGUUGGUCAAUAUGAUGAAAAAGAGGAGCAUUACAAAUCUGCAUCCACGGCCCUAAAUAUGGGCACAAACCUUAAACAGUGCUGUGAAAUUGCUAUUGUUUUUGCCCUAAAGAGAAAAAGCGUAUAUGGUUCUAUCGAGGCGGCAACAAGUGAUCUUAAGAAAUUACGUGACUUCCUAAUCGCCAAAGCAAACUCUGCCAUUGCCACGUUAGGAAAUAAUACCGAUAAGUCCGCCUAUUUGACGUUAUUAGAAACCAUCUAUUGUCGUCUUCUUUUACUUAACCGAAGAAUGCCUGGUGAGCUACGAUUACCCUUGUACCUUUAUGAAAACAACUCUGCGCAAUCACAAAACUAUGAGGAAUUUUCUGAUAUUGUGUCCCCCUCAGAAAAAUUUUUACUUCAGAGGUUUAAAAGGGUCGUGAUUAGAGGAAAAAGGGGAAGAGGGGUGCCUGUUCUAUUUAGCGAGGACGUGCAAGAUCAUAUAAAAAUCCUCUUGAACUAUAGGAACAAGUAUAUGACGAAAAAUAAUACCUACUUGUUUGGACAUCCAGGCACAAGCUGUCCAAUUUAUGGUUAUAAGAUUAUUAGAAAGUAUGCUAUAUCUUGUGGGGCGAGUAAUCCCGAUGCAAUUACGGCAACAAAGCUCAGAAAACAUCUUGCCACCUUAACGCAAGUUUUAAAUAUGUCAGAAAAUGAUAUCGAGCAAUUGUCCACUUUUAUGGGCCAUACCGUUGGUGUACAUCGAGGAUCCUACAGGCUUCCCGACGAUAUUUUUCACACAGCUAAGAUGGCCAAGCUGCUACUUUUAAUGGAAAAAGGAGGAGCUUCAGAAUAUAAAGGCAAAUCUCUGGAUCAAAUAGAUGUUGACCUCGAGAUUGACAUCGAUGACAAUGAUGAUGAAAAAGAGCCUCCGCCUCUUCCCCAGGUGGUGGCAAGUACUAGCAAAGCUGUAGAGAUGAACGAUGUUAAUUUUCAAGAAUCUAUUUCAACCGAAGUGAAAAGGGCUUCAAAAUCAGACGUUGCUGCAAAAACAAAGUGGAUUUUAGUGCCAUGGACAGAAGAGCAAAAAUCGACAUUGCGUAAGUACUUCUCUAAAAGCAUCAAAAAAAAGAAAGCUCCGAAGAGAACAGAAUGUGACGCUCUCAAGGAGAAAUACCCCGGUUUGUAUGAUAACAAGGACUGGCUAAAAAUUAAGGUCUGUGUUCAAAAUUUUUACUCCAAAAAGUAA